AUGGAACAGGAGGGUCUUAAGCGCAGCCUUCAGUUCCUAGAAACCCAUAGUAUCUCUGUGAAGACUCUUGUGACUGACCAGCAUGCUCAGAUCAAGGCCUAUAUGCGAAGAGAAAAACCAGAAAUCAGGCAUGAGUUUGAUGUCUGGCAUUUCGUAAAAGGUAUCUUGAAGCAACUGACUGCCAUUUCAAAGGGACAUGACUGCAAAGAACUGCAGCCAUGGGUGAAGUCAAUUCAAAAUCAUUUGUAUUGGGCAGUCGCAACCAGCCAUUCCCACCGCAAGCAGAUUGUUGCCCAGUGGUUGUCACUACUAAAUCAUAUUAAGGAUGUGCACAUACACAGAAGUACAGUAUUCCCAGCAUGUCUACAUGAGGAAACUGAACGCCGGAAGUGGCUCAGUGAGAAACUCCAAGCAAUUGCGGCUUCAAAGCCGCUCUUAUUGGACAUGCCCAAGCUAUCAACAUCGCAUCAGACCAACGGUCUUGAAAGUUUUCAUGGACUUUUGAUACAUUUUGCUCUAAAGUAUUGCCAGUACUCAUACCUUGGAAUGACGGCAAGAACCCAGCUAGCCGCCUUGCACCACAAUGAAAACAGUGAAAGAGGCCAAGCAUGCAGAGUUGAUGGUAAAGCCAAGUUGAAUGUAAAAUAUCCAAAGGCUACAGGGGGCAAGGGAAUUGCUUGCCCUGUAAAGGAACGGACAGUUCACAGCAGGUGA